AUGCCGGCAAACGAAGGACUGAAGAUUAAAGACUCACUUCUCAAGGAGCUUCGGAGUAGGUCGCCUUUUAUUGACAAUGUUUACCAGAGCUCAAAUUCAGUUGAUUGUGGAGCGAGCAGAAUACUAUUUCAAAUCAAUUUUGAGCAUCUAAUUAAAGAACUAUUUGCUGAUUUGGGAGCCAUUUCUAACGACUGUUCAUCUCAGGCAAAGGACAAUAUUGAUGAAGACUUUCGAAAGACAAUCAUUGUCGAGUAUUCAUCUCCGAACAUAGCUAAGCCAUUUCACGUUGGUAACCUGCGAUCAGCUAUCAUUGGGAACUGUGUGGCAAAUGUGCUACAGUUUCGUGGCCAUAAUGUUAUUCGCAUGAACUACCUCGGUGACUGGGGCACACAGUUUGGCAUCCUCAGUCUGGCCUAUGAUCGCUUCGGCAGUGAGUCUCUACUUCAAGCUGAACCUUUGAAGCACCUUUUUGAUGUCUACGUCAAGGGAAAUCAGGAGAUUGAGAAAAACACUGAAUGGAGAGACGCCGCAAAAGAGCGUUUCACCCGACUGGAGUCACAAGCCGAUCCAGCCACAUUUGAGCAGUGGGCCAGGUUCCGCGAGUUGAGCCUGCAAGAGCUUAAGAGCUUAUACCAGCGUCUGGGCAUUACUUUUGACGUUUACAGCAGUGAAUCGAUGUACACACGAGCAUCGCUGAACAUUGUAGAACAGCUGAAGAACAGAGGCCUUGUCGAACAGAGUGAAGACGGAGCACUGCUGGCCACCACGCCCAGCUUUGAUAAUCCCAAUCUGCCAAUUAGUGUUCCGCUGUUGAAGAGUGAUGGAAGUACACUAUACCUUACCCGCGACCUUGCCGCCGCUGUUGACCGCAAAGAGCAAUACAACUUUGACCGAAUGUACUAUGUGGUGGACAGUAGCCAGGCAAAACACUUCUGGAACUUAAAAAGCAUCCUCAACGCCAUGGGCAACAAUAUUUACAGAGAUAUGAAACAUCUCAAGUUUGGGCGAAUCGUCGGCAUGAGUACACGCCGCGGAAACGCUAUAUUUCUUGAUGAUGUUCUCAACGAAGCAAAGGAGCGUGCACUCUCUGCAAUCAAAAGUAGUCCCAAUACAAAGAUCUCUCCUGAGCAGUACGAGUCCGUGGCUGACAAACUGGGUGUGUCGGCCAUUGUCGUCAAUGAUCUGUCUAAUCGACGCGUUAGAGAGUAUCGCUUUAACUGGGACAAGGCACUUCGUCUGACAGGUGACACUGGCAUCUCCCUGCAGUACACACAUGCUCGUCUGUGCAAUCUUGAGCUGAACUGUGGCGUCGAGCUGUCGCCGAAUUGUGAUAUUGAUGUGGCUGCCAUCGACACUGCCGAAGGUCGGAUGCUAAUUAACCUCUUGGCCAUGUUUGAUCAGGUGAUCGAGCGAACUGCCGAAGAGCUAGAGCCAAGCCUACUGGCACAUUACCUCUUUGACUUGAAGUAA